AUGUCAAUCGACAAGGAUCUAAACAAACAAGUGCCAACCUCCUCAUUCGAGCAAGCAAACUCUUCCCAACACACCUUAUCAAAAAACAUCGUCAUCACCCCUCAACACCACUCGAUUCGUCUUCCAUCUCCUCCUUCUCUUACCACCAACCCACUUUUAUUUGGUGCAGCUCUCCAGAAAGCGACGACUUGUCUCACCAAUAAUACAUCACAACUAGUCUUAGAUACAACGGUGCCAUCCUCGGCCAUGAUUAUUCCGUCAAACUCUGUCUUGUUGCAGAAACGACUUGAAAUUUUGGCUCCUUCCGAUGAUCAGAGUAGUAGUAGCGAUGAUGAAGAAGAGCAGUUCGAUGUGUUGACAAGUGGCAGCUCUGUUAGAAAACAACGAGAAUCUUCAGAAAAAGAAGCAGCAAAUGGUGAUUCAAAUACAACAGCUGCAUCCACCAAUAGAAGUAGACGUGCGGAUUCAUUCCUCUCAUGGUUCAGUUGGCUCUCAUGGUAUUCCAAUUCAAAUAACUCUUCCAAUAAUUCCGAUUUGAAUGAAAAUAAUCAAGCAAUCAAGACACUGAAUCAUCAUGAUGAUAUUCAUGAAAGCACCCACCACAUUUCAGCUCCUUUUGCAUUCGAACAUCGAAUUCAUAUUGAUAAGGAUCCUUCAUCCAAUAGUAGUAGUGGUAAUACAUUGUUUCAUUCCAUGACGACACCAAGCACAUGUGCCCAAUGUUCUGCGGACGCAAACACAACGAACACUAAUACCUCUAAUUCUCUCAUGACUGACAUUUCUCUCACAGUUUUUGAGCAACGCGAACGUAUUCAUCAAUUAGAACGUGAAAAUGAACUCAAAAAUGAAUAUAUUUGUGAAUUGGAAAAGAAAAUUCGAGAAAUGCAUGAAAAGAAACUUCGUUCUCGUGAAAAGUAUCACAAAUUGAAAGACAAGUAUGAAAAGUUGAGAGAUUUUGCAUUUGGAGGGAGUGGCGUGGUGACUGAAACCUCGUCGACCUCUCCACCCACAUUACCUUAUUUAACCACUGGUAGUAGUGCAACAACGAUGACCAUGAAACGAAAUCAUCAGGAUGGUGUGUCAUCAACACCAGAAUUGGAUGCAUUAUUAGAGAAGAUGCAACUACAAGAGGAUUGA